UCUACCGGGAUUGCUUUGUUAUAUCAAUUAAUUUUAAGUUUGCCUUCGAUCUUUUCGCAAAUAAAAUACCUCAAAAACGAAUAAUUUGGAUAGGAAAAAUAUUCUAAAUCGUCGAAAGUUAGGAAUAUCGAAUACUUUCGUCGCCGAAUUACGCUUACUCCAUUCCCAAUACUUUACGCAAGUACAUCAUUGUUCGCUUGGUGGCUUCUGUUGAGAAAUCGCAACCCGAGUUUGGCUGGCCAAUACAAAAAUAUUCUUCACUUUCCAUUAACUAACAUAAUGUAUGUAACAGACGAAAUUAUAUUUAGAAUAUAUUUGUUGAGAUAACUUGGCGAAGUUUUGUUUCAAAUAUGGCAGAUCCUUCCAAAGCACCAGACAAAAAUGAGCGAGAUCAAAAUCUGGCUCGACCCGAGGCUAAUUCUAUCCCCCAACAACCAUCUCAGUUUACUCUGAUCGAGCAACCCGAUUCAUUUGCCGAAGGAAAUUGUGUUUGCACGUUAGUACAUCCGCACGCCAGUUAUUCUCGUUUCAGAACAGUUAUAUGUUCCAGUUGCAGAGCACCUUUCUCGAUACAACCUUUAGCAAUUCAGCAACGUUCCUUUACAGUCGCAAGAAGUGAUCCUUCAUGUUGCCACAGAGAAGAUUUAACUAAACAUUGUAAGAAGGCAAAAGAAAACGUGGCUGAAAUUGAAAAAACAAUAGCAAAAUUGAAGCGCAAAAACAACGACAACUGUGAAAAAUUGCAAGAAGCUUUGGCUCAGCAUGCAGAAUUAAGAAAUAAAAUUGAACGAAUUCUUAGAGAAUCUUCAGAAUUAGAAAGAAUGUAUAGACGUUUGGAAGAACAAGUCGAACAAAUCAAGAAUUCAACAAUGUAUGGAGAAAGCGGCGUUUAAUGGAACGAGACAAUUUUCAUUUUCUUCUUUGAAAAAUUGUGUAAUCUACAUCUAUUGCUGUAAUUAAUCCAUAAGACUAAUAAAAAUGUUUGAGUUGAAAUUUA